UUGUGUGCGGUCGGAGUUUUUUACCACCUUUCGCCGAAGUUCGGUCACAGUAAACACCUUUUCCCGGAUUUGAUCAGCGAAGUAGCAGAAGAAAAGGGUUGAGGAAAAGGCAACCAAAAAUAGAAAACGCCAAAUCGUCCCAGGGCAAGGUUUCCGGUGUGUGACGUCCAUCCGGGUGUUGUGUUUUGUGUCCGGUUUUUCCGUUCUGACUGUCGUUCUCCCGUCGUCGUCGUCGGCGAAAAGUUCUCCUGAACACCAGGUGUUUUGCGACCCAACCAACGCCCGUGUCCGUCAGUGAUCCUCCCGGGGGGAUCCGGUGAUGCACCCACGGAAGAGCUGCGUAUUAUGAGUGUGCACGGCCGUCGCCGUCAACCAUCGUCUCCGUCGUCUUCGUCACGCCCGAUGGGAAGCGGGGCAGGGUGUUGGCUGCCCGUCUGCACGGGUUAAAUGGCCAGCUGGGCCACGGCCAGGUGUUGAACGACGAAAGGCGCUACCAAGCCUGCUCUUUUCUAUUCCCGUGCUUGUAUGUGUGCGUGUGUCUUCUUCUUCUUCCUGUCCGGCGUGCGUCCCAGAUCCUGGCGUAGGUUCGAACGUGUGAUUGAUUUGAGUGUUUUAUUGGCAACGUCGUGAACGAAAAGGGGCGUGAGACGAGGGGAGAUAGGUCACUUCACGAGCGGAAGUUGGGCGCCUGGCUGAUAAAACGCGUAAUCUUGGCAGGAAAAACCGCGAUAGGUGCAGAGAAAGAUAAAACCGAAGCGGCGGUGGUGAUUCCUGUUGCAUUGUCCUCGUCUAUGUUUUUUCGAGGCUGUGUGUGUGUGUGAACGGCAUCGAGUCCCGAUAAGACGGCCGAAGGAUUUAUCUGGGUGGUGCACCCCGAUAAAAGUGUCACGCGCUGCCGUCAACCCUCGGCGGCUGGAAUCUAAUCUGCGAACCAUCCGGUUGAUUUGAGGCGUUCGCUGUGUGGUGUCAUCCCCGGGAAUCGGUUCGGAAUUCUAGUGUGAAGAGUUAAACAAGCGCACAAAAAGCGCAACAAAUCUAGUGGCCCGCGUUUCCGUGAAAGUGAAAGCAGCACAUCCGAGUGAUCCGGUUUUCUCGUUCGUGCAGGUGCGUUUUGUGUAGAAACCAAGAGGGAUGAUUCGGGAAAUUCUGAAUCCCCAAAGAGCAAAACCCAAACCCCAGCUCCGAGAGGGCACCGCGUGAGAAAGUAGUGCGAUAAAUAGUGGGGACGCCACGGUCGUGCGAGAGCGUCGUGAGCACGAGCUCCGUUGCCAUAGUUCCCGGUCCGGUCGUUAGGGUAGUGUCUGCUCCUGCUGUGCGGUAUCACCGGCGCAAUCGCUGGGUCACACCAGCGAUUCCAGCUCUAGUAGUAGUGUGCGGGCUGUAGUUCCUUCGGGCGGUCACUGCGUCGUCUCGACGGCCGAUUUUCCGGUCCUACUCUGCUGCCCUGUACUCUGCCCCCAUCACGGUGAUGAAAAUUUAUUCUUUCGCGAAAGUCGUUCGCUCGUUCGCUCGCUAACUAGACACCGGUCCGGAGGAGAAUCCGGGUGUUCCGUGUGAAAAGUGGGAUUUGCUGUAACCGACCCCCACACAGGAAAGCGGCAAGAUGACGGACAAGGUGACAAAAUUCGAACGGAUGGGCACGAACAAACCCGUCCCGAUGAAGCUGUUCGCUGCCUGGGAAGUGGACCGGACCCCAUCGAACUGCAUUCCAAGAUUAUGUUCGCUGAAAAUUACACGCCUGUCGCUGCUGACACCGUUACCGGCGGAUCUGACGUCACUGUCGCUCGCGGUACGAAUGCAAAGCUCGAAGCGAACGUUACGGUCCCACGAGAUUCCGGUGCCCCAGUCGCUCACCUCGGCAUUCAGCAGUACCGCCGCAAUGGGCGGUGGCGGAGCUUCCACAAUCGGCGGAGCUACCGCAGGUGGUGGUGGUGGUGGCGGUCCUACCGGUGGUGGUGCAGCCGGUCAGCUGAACUCGCCGCCACUACUGGAAACGGAACUGGAUCUUCACUUCAGUCUGCAGUAUCCACACUUUAUCAAGCGCGAGGGCAAUCGAUUGCUGAUAUUGUUGCAGCGGCGUAAGAAAUACAAAACGCGCACGAUCCUGGGCUACAAGACGCUGGCGGAAGGUGUAAUUCGGAUGGACGCAGUACUGCAGAAGUCGAUGGAUAUGACGGUCGAGCUGAACGGAUCCGGGAAGGCGGGCCGUGCCGGUCUUACGAUCGCGACGUUACGGGCAACGCAGGUAUCUUCGUUUCCCGUCGAUCAGGAUAACAAGAACAACAACAGCCUGCUGGUGACGGACCGCGUGAACGAGUACUCGGAUGAGGACGAAGAGCAGGAGUUCAGCUCGGGGGACGAGAACGACGAAGGACUGUCCGGUGGGUACGCGGCGAAGCGCAACUACGGCGGCGGGAAGCGUGACUCGUACAAAAAGUUCGAAACGGGUGAGCAGGAGGACGAUGGUAAUCUGCUGCCCUCGAACCAGGCCGACAGUGAC